CUUUUUUCUCCUCUCUCCAAUUUUUUUCUUCUCCCUUUCCCACCAAGCAUCAACACCACAAACAUCAUCACCAUGAUGUUUUGCGGGCUUCGUUCUGGCAGCCCUUAAUUGGGAACUGUCAAAGGGGAACAUGACCUCGGCGCUCAUGCAAGCGUCGGCCGUUACCCCUCGACCCCUCUUCUUCACCUUCUUUUACCGAGUUAGCUUCCAUUGGGCUUCUAUUGGCGAUCCCAUGACCUGCUUCAAGGCCUUCGUGGCCAAAGGCGGCAAUGGCCGGCUUUACCUCCGGGUAACGACAACCACCUUCCUGUCGUCCGCCUGUACCACAUACGCGCCUGGCUGGUACCGGUCGACAUGCCUACCUACGCCGUCGAACAAUACGACUGCUUAGUCAAUCUUUCAACCGUCGGGUUUCUCUCACCGUCCUUCAUCGAAACGCAUUGUCGAAACGCAAUACGCACUCUUUACACGUCACAAUGAGGGCAAACACAAGAUUGUGCAAGCAGCUGUUUGCUCAGCGCCGGACUUUCUCGUCCACUGCGCGCCGGCUGGAUAACUAUGCCUUCAUUGGUCUAGGCCAAAUGGGCUAUCAAAUGGCUAGAAACCUACAAUCCAAGCUUCCACCAAGCGAUACUGUUCGCCUGUAUGAUAUCAACCGGGGUGCGGCUGAAAAGCUCGCCCAGGAGAUGUCGGCACAGCAAGCCGGAGGAGCUUCCGUUCACGUGGCGGACAGUGCAGCCGAUGCUUCGAGAGAAGCGGACACGGUUGUAACAUGCUUGCCCGAACCUCAGCACGUCAAGGCAACAUACGAGUCGAUCCUGAAGGCGGAGCUACCUGCCCGUCCUGGCCCUCGUCUGUUCAUUGACUGCUCGACCAUCGACCCUACGUCCUCGCGUGAGGUUGCCGCUGCGGUAGACAAGGCCCUCCCUAAUGGGCAGGGUCACUUCGUCGAUGCCCCAAUGUCAGGUGGUGUUGUCGGAGCUACCGCUGGCACAUUGACAUUCAUGCUUGGUGCCCCCGAGUCCCUUGUUGCGAGGUCUGAGAUCGUCCUGCAGCGCAUGGGCAAGCGGGUGUUGCACUGCGGUCCUCAGGGAGCAGGUCUGGCGGCGAAGCUUGCCAACAACUACCUGCUGGCAAUUGAGAAUAUUGCCACCGCAGAGGCUAUGAACCUGGGUGCCCGAUGGGGCCUUGAUCCGAAGGUGCUCGCCAGCGUGAUCAAUGUCAGCACUGGAAAGUGCUGGCCCAGUGAAGUCAACAAUCCUGUGCCGGGCGUUGUAGAGACUGCCCCGGCCAUCCGUGACUACCAAGGUGGUUUCGGGAUAGGACUGAUGCGCAAGGACUUGAGGCUGGCCAUUCUGGCAGCCAAGGAGGCCGACGCCAAGCUUGUGCUGGCGGACAAGGCUUCGGAGGUGUACGAGACUGCCGAGUCUGAAGAGCGAUGCAAGGGCAGAGACUUCUCGGUUGUCUAUCGGUGGUUGGGUGGAAAGGAGUAGAUACUGAAAAUAUUAACACCGUCUGCUUCUACUUUAA